GCAGUGGACCAAGAAUGGAUUCCUGAGGUACUCCUGAUGAUAUUGGAAGCAAGCCAGACUUAUGGUUUCCCCAAAAAACGGACAGUGCAUUUAAUCAGUGCCCCAGCGAAGAGUCACAAUGAUACAACAUGCGAGAGAUGUGUUAACGGGAAGACCUUCUCCAACAUCAGUUCCGAGGUGACACCAUGCCAGAACUGUUCACUUUGUACUGAGGGAUGGGUGCAGAAAUUUCCAUGUCACGAAACUGAAGACACUGUGUGCAUUCCAAAAGUUGAAGUAGACGGAGACAGUUUUAUUAUCAUACCUUUGGGAGUGAUCUAUGUCGUAGUAAUUGCUGCUGUCAUGAUUUCCUACUGCUUUUGGAAAAGAAUCGAUCAAUUCUUUCAAAACUUGUGUAGCAGUCAAGAAAAGCAUGAUGACGAACUAAAGCCAGAAAGACGAAAUCAAGAAAACCAUGAUGACGAGGAACAAGCCAACCCACUACAGCAAGAUAGACGACUUCAAGAAAACCAUGAUGACGAGGAGCAAGCCACCCCACUUCAGCAAGAAAGACGACGUCAAGAAAACCAUGUUGACGAGGAACAAGCCAUCCCAGUACAGCAAGAUAGACGACGUCAAGCAAACCAUGAUGACGAGGAACAAGCCAACCUACUACAGCAAGAUAAACGACGUCAAGAAAACCUUGAUGAUGUGAACCAAGCCAACCUACUACAGCAAGGUGGUACACCUGACAAGUCUGAAGUAAACAUAUCAACACAGCAGUUGAGGAUCCCCCCUUGUUUUACCUUAUAGCUGUGUUUUGGUGAACCGACAGUCUGUUAAUGCAUGAAAAAUGUAAUUGUAUUGCACAAACAAUUUCAUUUUAUUGAUGAGGGUUGUUCCAAGAAAAGCCAUACUCGGGGAAGGAACUGAACUAUGCCAUAUUACAUGUAGCCGUGAUUUGUAAACUAUGUUCUGAUAUGCCAUACUCGUGCUAUGUUUUGUUAAGCAAUUAUUCAAUUAUUCAUUCCGUAAUUUCUUUUUACAUAUUGAUCAUUUUGUUAACUGUUAUAGGUAUCGCUGUUUUUGGUUUAUUUUUGUUGAAAUUCAUGUCUGACUGAUGUCAGAGCUGUGUGCUUUGAUGUGAUUUCAGUUUGAUGCACUUCAAGUGUUAUCGAUAGUCAUGUCAGGGCUGUAUGUUUUGGUGUGAUUUCAAUUUUGAGAUUAUUGAGACUAUGACAUUCAGUUCCAUUGUUUGGGUCAUUGUGUUUGGCUGUGAAUAAGUGUUUCAGGGAUUUGCAUUUAAAUUUCUGGAGAUUUUAUUUGUUUGUUGUUGUCCACUUUGCUGUUGUGUAUUGCAAUGUACUAAAUAUUGUAUUAUGAUGUUACUGAGAUGUAUUGCUGAUUACAAUAUAUAUGGAGCUAUUGUCAUAUAUUCAUGUUGAGACUUUCAUUAUAUAGAUGGUGAUGUGGAAGACUGGUUUACUAUAAUUGUAUUUCAAAUUCAUAUCAGACUCUUGUUUAAGUGUUUUGUUGAAACUAAGCUUAAGCUUUCAAUGGGAGCGCCUAAUAAUGAUUUCUCUGUCUGUUCAUUAUUCCAGCCAUAAGUUAACAUUGUUUAUAUAAUUCACGAUCCUGUUUGAUUAAGUUAUCUGUGAUAAUUUUAUAUAUUUUACCGAUUAAUAUAAUCAAUUUUUGCGAUUUUUUCGCAAAUUGUUUAUUGUAUGUUGAUGUAUAUAACAUGAAUCUUGAUGUGAGUCUUUACAUAUAUAUUCUCAUACCAGCUGCACUCUCACAGAAUGAUCAUUUUGUCAACUUUUGUUUUUCGUCUUGGAUAAACCGUGAAUGUCAGAAAACCCGUGAUAUAAGACUUCUGACAUUCAAAGACAAUAUACUAACUAUUUAAUUACACUUUUUACAUCUUGAAAAUAAACUCUUAUCUUCAGAAUACUGUUUUACUACUCUGUAAUUCUGAUAAAUAUGUAAAUGCAAUAGCUUGUAUGUUUGUUAUACCCUGACAAACAAAGUUUGAACUGGGUAUAUUGGAGUCACCCUGGUCGGGGGUCGGUCCGUUGCUUUUUUCCUAGUCCGGAUGAUUAAAUGAAAACAAGAACAAUACAUGUAACUCUAUUUCAAUUUAUAAAAGUUAUUGCCCUUUGUUUCUUUUCCUGUAUGGAGCUUGAACACAAAUGGAUGAAAUUCAAUUAAAUGGUUAAGCACAACGAGAGGAAGUGCAGAGUACAAGAACUAUAACUUUAUUAUGGCUUAUUACAGAGUUAAUGCCCUUUGUUACUUUUUCUUGUCCGGAGCAUAACUUCAGAACUACUGAUGGGAUUGAAAUAAAAUUUGGUGUAUAGAUAUAUGGCAAUGAGAGGAAGUGCAGUUGCACAAGCACCGUAAUCCUAUCGUGUAUUUUAAGGUAGCACAUCCCUAACGAAAACCUCCACUUGAAACUCUUAAAUUGUAAUGCUUAAGCCUAUGUUGUAAAGCAAAAGACUCUUUUGAUCAAGAGCAUUUUUUUCAGUAGGUAACAAUCUUUAAAGAAGUUAUUUUUUUUUAUUUUCAUUAAACAGUAAUUAUCACAGAGUUAUUGCCCUUUGUUACUUUUCCUUGUUUGAAGAAUAACUUGCAAACUAAUAGAUGACAUUUAAUUCAACUUUGUACAAUAGUAAAGCACAAUGAGAGGAAUUCCUGGCUGGCUAGGGGGCGAAACUAAAGACUAAACUCAAAAGCAUUAGUAACAGAUUGCGAGGCUAGUUUUCACCAAGAGACUUAGUAUUGGAAUAUUUAAAAAAACUUUGAUAAUAUUUUUCGCAGAAACCACCUGCAAGAUUUAAAAUUAAUUGUACAGAAAUGUUUCUUAGGUCAUCAUUUAGCAAAUGUAUUCAAGCUAUGUUGGUUAAUAAAAAAACGUGGCCGGCCUGGGGGACAAGGCUAGUGAUAAAGAAAAACACAUUUUCCCCAUAACCAUCAGGCAUUGAGCUUAAAAAUUUAGUAUAAAGCAUUAUCUAGUGGGGCUCUAAACCCUUCCCUAUAUUCCAAGUUUUUUUGCUUUGUUGUUAAUAAUAUUGAGAGGUGCAUUACACAUUUUCCUUAUAAAAUUGGAUACAAUUAAAAUCUAGGAAGAUACGAUGAUAUAUUAAUGCAUGUAAACGAUUCAUGUGUGCUUAGUUAUUAGUGAAUGUAGCCAGUACUCCAUGUAUAUAGACUCUUAUAAACUUUGUGUCAAAUAUUGGCAGCACGGAAAUGUUUGAAUGUUUUUUUUUGUGUAGAAAUGUUUUAUUAUGAUGUAUAAAUUGCAUUGAAGAAAUGCUUCAAUCUAAAGGUUUUUAGCUCGACUAUUCAAAGAAUAAGGAGGGCUAUACUACUCGCCCCAGCGUCAGCAUCGGCGUCCGGUUCACUUUUUUGGGCAAGUUGGGGUUUUCACUUAUAAGUCCAAUACCCUUCCUUCAAUUGACUAAAUACUUCACACAGGUGUUGAGGGCCAUCACAUGAUGAGGUUAGAUAACUCCAUAUUAUUCUUUAAACAAACUAUGCCCCCUGAUCGACUAUGGAAUUUGAGUAAAAGUUUGGACAGGUUGGGAUAUUUAUUAAUAACUUCUAUACCCUUCGUUCAAUUGACUUAAUACUUCACAGUGAAGUUUACACAGUUGUUCAGGACCAUCACACAAUGGGGUUACAUAACUCCAUAUUAUCCUUAAUACAAGUUAUGGCCCCUGAUUGACUUAGGUUAAAGUUUUAGGCAAGUUAAAGUUAAGGGCAAGUUGGGAUUUUAAUAAAAAAAAAUCUAUACCCUUCAUUCAAUGCACUUAAUAAAAUUCAAAAUUAUUUACGACCAUCUUACAACAAAAAAAACAUAACUCCAUUUAACCCUAAAUACAAAUUAUGGCCCUUGAUUUUUUUAAUUUUAUUUUAAUUUCUUUUGAAAUUCACAUUUUUAUAUUCUUAACCACAUUUUCAUAAAGAGAAAACAAGUUAUUUAAAUGACUUGCGUCAUUGUUCGGGUGGGCUGGUGGGAGGGCAGCAUCAAAGUCACCUUAUGUAUCGAAAAUAUCUAAUUAGGUUUGGCAUAAAGAAACCAAACUUGGUAAUAUUACAUCAUUAUUGUAUUCACUUCUAAGUCAAAGUUGCGUUGUCGUGUGCGCUGUCUUACGACAGCUCUUGUUGAUACAUCAAAUUGCUUCUUAAAUGUUUUUGGUUUCGUAUGUAAUUUUAUUCUGAAAUAUGAAAAUUGUGUAGAUGAACCAUCAGUAAGAACAACUAAAUAUAGGGUGAGCUCUUUUUGUGUGGGGCCAACCAGGCAAUGACUCUUUUAUAAUUUAAAAAUAGGCAAAAAUUGAGAAAUAUAAAGUGUUUCACUGAAUAUCUUUUAUCCUAAAUCUCCACGAAAAAGUAGGUUUAUUUUCAGUGGGAUGGCCUACAACCACUAGACAAGAUGUGGCAUAUUUUUCGGCAUGUACAUUGAUUUCGUGUUACGUGUUACGACUUCGCAUUUUUCAAAUAACAUUCUAAAACAAUGGUAGGUGCUGAUAUUGUCAGGACAGUGGCCGGGCAGAGAUUUGAAUGGUUACCUGUCGGUAAGGAUUGACCCAAUCAUGGGAGCAACCAUGCCUCCAACCAAGCCAUGUGUGCUACUGUUUCUGAUAAUAGCAGCAAAAUCUAGUAGUAUUUAAAUUAUGAUAAAUAUAAUACCUCUUCUUAGCAAUACAUUCCAAAGAUUUUUCCUAUCAAGCUUUUUUAAUUAUAAUAUUUUUACCAACUACACAUUCAGGACCAUGCUGUAAUUCUCAUGUAUAUAAUGUAUAUAAUGUUACUUACAAUUUUGCUGUUUAAAUAUAUACGAUUAAUCGAUUGUCCUUUAAGUUAUACUCUUGAAAGAACUAACCAUUUUACAAUGGUAUCUUAACUAGCUGAACCAUACGCAUAAGGACUGGUCGUACAGCUUGGAAAACUAUGAUGUUAUCACAGUGUGUAGUGCUCUAACCCGUCUUACCUUUUGUAACUGUUUGCAUGGAUAUAAUAAGGAAUAACUUUUGUAAAUACUUAUUCCAAUAUUUGUAGCUAUUUUAAACUAUGUGCUUUUAUUUCCAGGUCACAAUCUCUUUGUUAUGUUUUGAUAUGUCAUGUAUGUUUGUUAUUUAUAUAGGAAAAUAUCUCAUUGAGCUCAUGUUUUUUGUUAUCAUAUACACGACUUUAAAUACAGAUAUUUGUGUCUUGUAUAUUGUACGUUUGUAAUCUUAUGAACGGCUAUAUUAAGACACGGCUAUUGUAAAUAAUUGUUCCAGUAGUGUGCCUAUUUAAAACUAAAUGAUUUAUUUCCAGUUAAAGCUCUUUGUAAUGUUUUGAUAUGUUAAGUAUGUUAGUUCUUCAUGU